CACACGCGCGAAACCCCUUUCCCACACUUCCUCAAAGACUAAACAAAAAAGACGCCGCAGGGAGACGCACCUGCACGGCGGCCCGGUGAAGAGCGGAGCGAGACACUGCUUUUUGUCUUCCUCUUUCUUUACGGUUACGCAGUAACAUUCAGAUAGAGAAUUUUCACCUGACUACCCUUUUUUUUUUGGACAUCUGAUGUAUGUUUGCGGGCGACUCGGACCUGUUCAGAAGAUGAAGGUUUUUUUUAAAUAUGUGCUCUGCAUACCUCUCAUCCCGCUCAGUGUUUACUACUUAAUAUGUCCAUCUGUGAGAACGUUGAUAGGUUUCAUACCUAUGGACAAAUGCACUUUGAAAAGUGCAGAGAUGCUGAUUCUUGACAACGUCGUGGACGCCAGCUUGGACCUCGGGUCCAGACGUGACGUGCAGACAUGUACAUCUUGGAAGGCGCCUGUCAUUUGGGAAGGAAUGUUUGACCCUGACCUUUAUGACCAGAAGCACAAGAUGGAAGGAUCGUCCGUGGCUCUGACAGUGUUUGCUGUGGGCAGGUACCUGGAUGCCUACCUCGGGACCUUCCUGAACUCCUCAGAGCAGCACUUUAUGCCGGGUUUGCCCGUGACAUAUUACGUAUUCACCGACGUGCCAGAGAAGGUGCCAGACGUCGAGCUCGCUUCCCAGCGAACCCUUAAAGUCAUCAAAGUGGAGAGGAGCUCCAGGUGGCAGGACAUCUCCAUGAUGCGAAUGAAAACCAUAUCGGACGUCAUUGAGUCGGACAUUCGCCACCGCUGCACGCACGUCUUUUGCUUCGAUGUGGAUCAGGUGUUUACCGGCAGAUUCGGCUCGGAGGCCCUGGGAGAUUCUGUGGCUCUGCUCCACGCCCACUAUUACCACCUUCCAGCGACGCUGUUUACCUACGACCGCAACCGAGAGUCCCGGGCGUACAUGGAAACCGGCGAUUUCUACUAUCACGCUGCCAUCUUUGGAGGCUCAUGGAAGAGUGUGAAAGCGCUGACCGACGCCUGCUACCAGGGCAUCCUGGAGGACAAACGGAACAAUGUGGAGGCCCUGUGGCACGACGAGAGCCACCUCAACAAGUACAUGUGGCUCCACAAGCCGAGCAGGGUGCUCUCUCCGGAGUACUGCUGGGACACCAGCAUCGGCUACAGGAGUGACAUAAAAGUCACCCGUCUGCUGUGGGCACCAAAAUAUUAUGAUAAACUUCGUACAAGUUAGUGUGUUUUGGAUGUAAAGAGCAAAUAUUGCUGUGUGUGUGUAUAUGUAUGUAUAAUAUAUAUAUAUAAUUAGUGAAUUAGAACGUCAAAUCAUUACAUUUGAAUUUUCGACUGUCUGCGCUAAUUGAUCAGGAUUAAAUAUUUAUCUGCUAAUCAGGUUUCCCAAAGGCCCCUUUUUUGCUGGGCGCAGUAGUAUCAGCGAUGACAAUCCAGACCGUCUCUUUCCCUCGAAUUGUCAUGCAUGAUGUUCGCUUUGCAUCGGAUCAUUGCUUUAUGGAAAGAUGGUAGGAAAGGAAAAACCUGUUCUGUGUGUUUUCGAUGAAACAGGACAGGCUCUGCUGAGCAAUGUCUAAAAACCAGGAUUUUGAUUACAUAGUCAAAUCUUCAUAGAUACCAUUUUUGCUUCCUGUUGUAGUUUUGUUUUAUUUUUAUUUUUUUAUUAUUUGUCUGAUAUUCAGUUCAAAAUGGCACCUCACUCACUCAGGUUUGAUUUAAAUUAUUUGAAGUCAACUGCUUCACAUUGAUUAUUGCACUGUAGAAUGUAAGUGCCACUGCAACCUUUUUUGUAAGACAACCAUGCAAAGGAUGUGUGGUUAGUGUUUAUCAAAGAACUGUGGGGCAUGCUUCCCUGGUAGAAGAUAGAAGAAGUAAUUCAUUCAUUACAAUUGGGUACACUUUGAGUCCAGCAGUUAGAGGAGAGCUCUAUGAGGAACUCGUUGUUCAUGUUCUGGUGAAAAGUAACCAAUUACAUCUGAUAAGCGAGUUUUUGCCUUUCAUGUCACUUUAUACUUCUUCUACUACACUGAAUCUCUAUACAAGCUGCAACAUUUAAUGACAAAGACAUGCAAAACAUCAGUUAUUGUAAUCCAAUUUCUGAAACAGGCCAAACACCCCAUUUAUACAACAGUGGUGAAAAAAAAACUUUGGUUAUUCGGAAACUGGCGGGACAACCACAGGACUUUGACUAGUAGGAAGCACUGGUGCAGCACAUCACAGACAUGACUGGAAUUCUUCCCGGUGGCAUUUUUAGCAAUGUGGGAGACGUUCAUUGAAGACGUAAUGAAGUAUAAAUUUGUAAAGAGAAAAAUAACAUCCCAUAGCAACCUAUCCCGGAGUUGUGUAAUUUAUUAAAACAUAAAAUGCAUUAAUUAUUUGUUUAAUUUAUGGAAUUUUAUAGUUGAGGGAGACCUAUCAUGCACAUAAUAACACUUACUUACUUCAAAUUUAAUAGUAGUGUGUCCUUAAACAAUUCAAUUAUCCUAUAACCCUAUAAUGUACUACAGUGAUGGGAUUUUGUAAAAAAGGCACAUAUCCUGCUUGGUUUUUCCAGGUCGCAUUAUGGGUACGAGGAUGUAUCGUACAGCUUACUGUACUAUUCAUUUAUCCUCAAUUUUUUUCAGAUUUGUGUUUCCAAUGUUUUCAUCUGUGCCCCAAAUUCGACGCGACAAACGCGCCGCACCAUCCCAAAUUCGCGUCACUCCAGAAUCACAGCGUUUGGGGGUCGGUAGAUAUGCCACAGGCCGCCACGUUAACGCGUAGAAGCAACAUCCAAUGACUGUCGACCAGUUGCCCUCACAUCCCAUGUGGUGCUGGAGAGGCUGGUCUUGGUCCACCUUCGGCCGCAGCUAAAAUCAUCACUUGACCCUUUGCAAUUGGUGGGGGGUGGGGGUUAACGCGUCCACCAUCUCCUGGAUCAAUGACUACCUCACGGGCAGACCGCAGUGUGUCCGACAGGGCCGUGUGCUGUCUGAUGUGGUAGUAAGUGACCAGGCCACAGGGAACUGUCCCGUCGCCCUUCCUAUUCACCUCCUACACCAAUGACUUCCAGUACAACGCUGCGUUAUGCCAUCUGCAGAAGUUCUCUGAUGACUCUGCAGUGGUCGGGUGCAUAAGGGACGGACCGGAGGAGGAGUACAGGGCCGUAGUGGAGGACUUUGUGGAGUGGGCCGGUAGAAAUCACCUAACUUUGAACGUGGCCAAGACAAGAGAGAGCGUGGUGGACUUCAGACGAUGUCUCCACAACCAUUGAGAGUUCUGGGUGAGGAAGUGGACAUAGUGGAGGAGUUCAAGUACUUGGGUGUCUCCAUCGACAACAGACUGAACCGGAAGGCCAACAUCAACUCUGUUUACAAGAAGGGGAAGAGUCGACUCUUUUUCUUGAGGAUGUUGUUGUUGUUGGAGAUGUUCUACCAGUGUGUUGUGGCCAGUGCUCUGCACUUUGCCAUUGUCUGCUGGUGUUCAAGAGAGCAAGAGGCCAACCUGUCAAAUUAUUGUUGAAGAUGGCCAGUUUAGAAGAAACAAUUGCUGUGCUGCUUUCAUUUUUGCAAUGAAAAAAAACCCUAAAGACCUAAAGAUAGACCUCAAAGGGUAGAUAGACAUUGUGGUACGUUUUGUGUGGGUUGUGAAAUGGGUGCAUUGCAAAUGUCAGUGGUGUCUUGUUUUUAUGUCUUUAGAUAAAUUUGCAGUAUAGAUUGUAACUGUAACAACGUGUGUGUUUGUUUUUAGUAAGAAUAUGCAACAUGUUUAACUCAGAAGUUACUCAAGUCAAUAAUUUAGCUGUUGACUUAAAAAAUUAAACUUGAAUAGAAAGAGAAA